GGUUAGCUGCAUGUAGCUUGGUAUGUAGCGUGGUUAGAGAACAUGAGCACUUGGGAGAAUCUCCAUUGAUCUGUCUCAUUAUUACUGUGAUUUUCUUGGAUAUUUGUCACUGAGUUUAUGCAUGAAAAUUUGAAUAACAAAAGUAUUGUAUCAUGAAUUGCCUAUUCAGCAUUGAACGAAGUAUGAGGAUUCCGAAUUUAAUAUCUGUUGAUCCCUAGCAAUUUUAGAACCUUCAUGAGUGGACAUUGAAUGAGCUAGUAUGAAAGGACAGUAAUCAGCAUUAUAGGAAAGGGAAUUAGCGAUAGUCCAGAUGUCUGUGAGUCUGAAGUAUGGUGAAGUGAGAAACUGUGUAUGACCUAGAACUGUUGCAAAUGAUGAUUGGCCUGUACAGCAACGCCUAGAGGAUUUACGCUGGUUCUGGCUCGCUGCUGAAUUUGAAUGGCUUUAGAGAGGAUUGUGUAACUUUUAAGAUCUAACUUGAGUAGUCGUCGAUUAUUCUCACUUCCAGGUCCCACAGCCGUUCCUUCGAAAGUGUUCUCCCCUCGCUAGAUCUCGAAAUUGUAGUGUAUGUUAUCAUGAGUUGAGGGAUUUUCACUAUCAAGUGGUGAAUUAGGUGGAACCUCAUCGUCCGAAAAGCUUUCCAACAGAGUAUGUUUCCUGCCGUGUUUGCAUCUCAUGUUGUAAGAAAAGCUGGAGAGGAACUAGGAUGUGUCCGGUAUGUCAAUAUGAACUCACCGAAACACCUAAACUUGUUUACUGUUGAAGAUGAUGCUCGAUAUGGUGAGAUGUUAGUGGUUGUCUGACACUGAAGGAAUUGAACUCACUGCGAAGUCAGAGUUAUCCGCUUUUUAGGAUAAUGUUCAAACUUUCAAACCUCGAGACAUAAGUUUGUUCCUGCUUUUGAGACUUUGCCAGAUUGAGCAGAGCUCCCAAUUGUAUGUGCAGCAGUCUCAACUAAAUUUUUUCAGAACAGGAACAGGAGAAUGGAUGACGCCGGUGGAAACUUGGAAGAGCAGCUAGGAAGCGUGGAAGAGCAGAUACGAGGACUGGAAGAGUGCAUACGAAGAGUGGAAGAGGAGAUAUCUGGAGUGGAAGAGAGCAUACGAAAAGUGGAAGAGCAGGUCGAAAAAUGCUCUGAUGAUCAGCAGAAACAGCAACUUCGAGGCAAGGAAGCGCAACUUCGAGAUGAGAAAGCGCAACUUCGAGAUGAGAAAGCACAACUACGAAGCAAGGAAGCGCAACUUCGAGAUGAGAUAGCGCAAUUCCUGCAAGGACGAGACUUAGGCACAGAACAUGACUGGGUAGUGCAGGAGGUCGUGGUGCCGGAUGUCCCUUCAGGGCUUUGCUCUUACCCAAGCUGCUCGACCAAGGAACGGAUGUAUAAUCCUCUUAAAGUGGAGCAUUGGGAUGUGAAGGGAGAGAUUGAAGAAUUUUUCAAGAGGGCAGAUAAAAGGAAGCGUGCGUAUGAGAUCUCUGUGACGUCUUCUACUCGGAAAACUUCAGUGACAGCUAAGAUGGAGGGAACUAUCGUCGCGAAUAUUAUGUCCGAAAUGCAACACUUUAUGGAGAAGAAGCAGCCACAGCUAACGUUCCGUUUUGAGUCGCAGGUCGUACUCAGUUUCAUUGAAAAGAAGAAAGACAAAACGGACGAAACAGACGAAACAGACAAAGCAGACAAAAAAGACGAAGCAGACAAAACGGGAUCGGAUGCAACAUUUAGUCCAAAAUUAGUCGAUUUGAUGAUCAGGAACCCUCGAGCAGACUUCGUAGUUACUAUACAGGAGAAGAAUGCUUUGGUCGUAGAGGUAAAGAAUGGAGGUCUGGGACCUGACCAAGGUGACCCUUGGCAUCUCCACAAAGCUUGGACAGAAUGCUCCUGCAUACCAGGAGAGGGUGAUCCUAAUUGCAGGUGCGAAGUUCUUGGCAUUACGGCAGCUCAUGGUGAAAAGCUCAUUCGUUGUAUUAGUCAGCUGUACGAGUACAUGGCUCUCUCUGAGGUGGGUUACGGUGUCCUAACUGAUGCUAGAAAUUGGUAUCUCUUCAAACGGGAUAAUGCCGGCUGCCUCAAAAUAUCAAUUGGUUUUAAGGCGGGAGGUGGGCACCCGCCUGUGCUUGCUGCAUUGACAUAUUUGGUGGACAUUGCUUGUAAGGAUAAUUCUAAGUUUGAUAAGGGACCCAGGCAUGGUGAAACUCCCAGAGUACAUGGAGCUGCCCCUUCCGACUCUUCUAGUGAAAGCACUGAUGACGUUAAGAACGAUCCAGACUUUAGAGGAUGUGGGAGCAGUAACAGUGUCUCUAAAACAACAAGGUCAACGAGAACUCGCUCAGAUUGAAGCUGCAAUCGAAAACCUCCUCAUGAUGAACUCCUCGCUUCUCGCAAUCUAACCCCAAAGAGACAACUCAAACCUCAAGAACUAGCAACUUCAACCUAAAAGCACAUAUUGGAGAUUUCGCAUAAGAUUUCGCAAAGCUCAUGGUGGAGGAAUCAAAUGGUCCUUGGAAGUUUGCUGAGCUAGUGUAAAGCGUCGAGAGUCCCCGAGAAUGCUGUGUAAACACAGCAGCAUCACCCAUGUCCAGAGAAGGAUUAGCAGACAACUGCACGUAAAUGCCGAGCAUCCGCUCAUACUUCCCUCAUAAAUCAGAGUUGAAUAGAUACGCAACGAAUUAGGUUCAUCCAAUACCACCAUCGCGCUCCAAUGCGGAAUAAAUCGCGACCUCUUAGACCAAGAAAAUUGAUUCACAGCAGCUCGGGCGGAGACUCCAGAGGAGCGGAAACUGAAAAACUGCGGAAACUGAAGUCACGGCAUGGAACUCUGGGGUAUUGGGACAGGGACAAGUAAGCCGUCCGUGCAGUGAGGUCCUGAAUUUUGACAGCUGGGCUGUUGAGCGUGACUAAAUUCUUUUAACAUUCAGUCAUGGUAUGGGAGUUUAAUAGUUAAAUCAAUUCAUUUUGAAACAAAAUUAAUAGAUGGAAUAAUGCUAAAUUGAAUAUUUUUAUAAACCACUGCUCUUGUGAUAGUCA